AUGAUGGCGCUCACACUCGACCCCCGGUGGAACGCCAUGCGGAGAGGCAUUGCCGGCAUCGGUGUGUGCGCGGUGGAUGGUAGAGGUGGUGCGGCCGCACCCGGAUCUUGUAGGCUCUCUUUGUGUAGCUGUCUCUCGCCGGCGUCGAGUGGUGGGUGCGGCGGCGCAGAUUCUGCGUUGUCGGAGGGCGGACACUGCCGCGAGUGUGUGUGCGGCAUGCGUGGCCGCCUGCCGUCACCGAAGAAGCCGUGGAAUAGUCUGGCAGGCGUCUUGGUUGGUGUGCGCGUGACGCACGCGGCGAGCGUUCUCGAGGACCGCCCCGUGGCUCUCGGACGGCUCGUGAGCAGAUUGUCGGAGGCGGCCUACAAGGCGGAGAUGCUCCGUACUGGCAAGAGGGAUCGCGACGGCGAGGACCGCCGCGGCGACGCCGCGCAGCUGCUGGUGGUGGAUGCUGGCACGCGGGUGACGGUCAGGACGGAGGGCGAUCCCGCGAGCGGGGCCGCGGUGGCGCCGUCCGCCAUGCACAUGAAGGGCACUAUCGCCAAGGUGAACGGCAACGCUACCUACAUUAUACUAAUGGAGAAGGGCGAAGUGGAACUCUCUGUGGCGUCUGAGCGCAUUGUGGCGCUGCAGCCGCGGAAGAAGCUGCUCCAGAGCGCUAGGCUGGUGGCGCUGGUAAACUGGCUGCGCUCCUGCGUGCACGACCCGCGCGACGUGGAGGCCAUCGCGCUCGUCCUGUUCAGCCGCGGCUGGCGGGCGGAGCGGAUGUACCUGCUGGAAGGCGUGGAUCUCCUGCCGUUUGUGUUUGUGUCGAGGGUGGAGCUGGACAGUGUUAGCGAGAAGGCGCGGUGGGAGCGCGACCACGACAAGGCGAUGCAGAUGCUGCGCCGCGAGCGGGUGAAGGAUACGAACUUUCGCUAUGCCCUGGCCAAGUACAAGGGCACCAUGAGCUGCAUUGCCGGCGUGCUUGUGGUCGCUUACGUGUUCACGGCGAACCUGCGCGCGUACCGGCGGCAGCAGCGGGGCCAUCAGCUCCGGACAGCCAUCGAGACCCUCUCCAAGGCUGCCCGGCCAAGGAAGGAGGAGGGUAUGCUCGCGGCGGCCGCCGAGGCCUUCGAGGUGAGGCGCGAGGAUGAGGAGGCGCUUGUGCGCAGUGUGCUGACGCAGAUGGCGCCGUCGCAUCCCCGCAUCGUGGCCCUCGCCGGUGGCUCUGGCGGCGGCAGGUGUGUGCCGUGUCGCCGCGCGGUGCGCGUGGAGGGGGUGGCGCUGGUUCAUGUCGACGUCGGCGGCACGGAGGACACCCUGCGCAGUGUUGUGAGGGCCCUGGGGGUGAGCAACGUGGAGGUGUGCGGCGACCUGCUGGGUUUUGUGGAGGAAGCGAUGCGGGGCGCGACCGUGAAGGCCAGCGACGGCGUUCCGUUCUUGGUGAUGAGGCUGCGCGAGGGCAGCGAUCUGGGCAGGGUGUACGGCGAGGUGGUGAGCCUGGUGAGCGACUGCCAGGCCUGCCAUAUCGUCCUGGCGGUGCCCAUGAAGGCUCUGACCCCUUUGAACGUGUCGUCGCGGAGGCUGGACUUUUACUGCAUACCACCCUUCUCCCGCCGGCAGGCGUUCGCCUACGCGGAGCACACGCUGGACGCGCUGGACCUGGUGUGCUUUGUGGAGGUGGUGGGGACGCGCAGCAGCGACGUCGACGAGCUGUGCGCUGCGCUGCGCCAGCGCGGCGUGGACCCGGUCACGUACACGAGCCUCAUGCUGGCGCGGGCGAUGCGUCGGCUGCAGGCUGCGCUGGGACCACCUGGCUCGCCUGCUCGUGCGGCGAUCCGGCAGCUAGCCUCGAUGCCAUUCGCCGACGGCGUGCGCGAUGACGCCACUGGAGCGAUGUCGGUGCUCGGGCAGCCAGAUGUGCAGGAGAUGGUGCUGUACGAUCCGGUGCAGCACGAGUGGCGGUUUGCGCAGCAGGUGUACCACACCGCGGCGCGCUGCAUCUUGAUCUAG